AUGCCUCAAAAUAAGAGCAGAUCUUCCUCGCAUUUGGUUGGUGGCUUUUUUGGUGGACUAACCUCUGCAGUGGCCCUUCAACCGUUUGAUCUGGUGAAAACAAGAGUGCAACAGGAGCACGUGAAUGGUAUAAGAGCUGUUUUCAAAGAGUUUUCUUCCGUUAAGGAUCUUUGGCGAGGUACCAUACCAUCUGCAUUACGUACAUCAGUGGGUAGUGCUCUGUAUCUAUCAUGUCUUAACACGAUGCGGAUGUACGUGAGUAAUCAGAAACAGACAGUACAUGUUGGGAAGAGUAGUAAAUUACCUGAACUUCAUAUGACAGAGAAUUUGGUCACUGGGGCUAUUGCCAGGGGUGUUGUGGGUUACAUAACCAUGCCAAUUACAGUCAUUAAAGUACGAUAUGAAUCGACAUUGUAUAACUACAAGAGUCUGAUUGGCGCAACGAAAGAUAUUUUCGCUACGAAUGGUAUAAAUGGGUUUUUCAAAGGAUAUGGAACAACAUGUAUAAGAGAUGCUCCUUAUUCAGGUAUAUAUGUCUUACUCUAUGAGAAGUUUAAGUUAUUCAUCCCGCAGAACAUUCUUCCCAAUAGCCUGAAGCACUAUAAAAAGGAUUUGCAGUAUACAAGCUCUACUUCUACAAUAAUCAAUACCAUGAGUGCGUUUACAGCCGCAUGCGUUGCUACUACAAUAACGGCACCAUUUGAUACAAUUAAGACAAGAAUGCAGCUAAAUCCGCAACGAUUCACAAAUUUUUUCGCGAGUCUUUCAAUAAUGAUCAAAAACGAAAGUUUAUUAAACCUAUUUGACGGACUAAGCUUGCGAUUAACUAGGAAAGCGUUUAGUGCUGGUAUUGCAUGGAGUAUAUAUGAAGAGAUAAUUAAAAAAUUUAUAUAG